GCGAUCUUCUACUAUUUGGCAUGCUUUCAAUUUCUUGCAUUGUCUUCCUUCUUUGUUCCGGUUAACAUGGUUGAGAAGAAAACCGAAGAAGUGAUUGUUGCAGAAUACAAAGUCCAUAUCCAUUGCGGAGAAUGCGCGCGUGCCGUCGAGAAGCACAUCAUUCGGAACGCAGGAGUACAAAAGGUGGAUAUAAAUGUGUCCAGUGGAAAAGUCAUUGUAAAAGGCAGCAACUUCGACGUAAAACAGGUUCAAGAACGAGUUGAGAGGAAGACCAGAAAGAAGGUUGAGUUGAUAUCCCCCAAGCCCAAGCCGAAAGAAGUAAAGCCACCAGAAAAGAAGGAAGAGAAGAAAGAAGUUAUAAAGACAACAGUCAUCAAAGUUCACCUGCACUGCGCGAAUUGUGAAAAUGACCUGAAGUUGAUGUUGCUUAAACACAAAGAGAUUCACAAGGUUGAAACCAACCGAGCAGCGCAGACUUGCACCAUUGUCGGCACGAUAAAGGAAGAAGAACUGAUCAAACACAUUCGCAAGAAAGCACGCAAACACGCGGAGAUUGUACCGCAAAAAGUCGAGAAAAAGGUGGAGGAGAAGAAGAUUAAGCUUGAAGUGAAAGAUGGCAAAGAAGAGUUGACAGUCGAAAAGAAAGAGGAGCUGAAGACGAAAGAUGUAGUUGUUCCCUACUUCAUCCACUGUACACAUGCACCUCAGUGGUUUUCCGAUGAGGAUCCAAAUGCUUGUUCUGUGAUGUAGAUUGAUUGGACUGAUGAUGGCUGAGAUGACCCAAAAAUAUGUCCUUUUGCUAUGUUUAAA